UUAUUCUGGCACAGUGCGUCGCCGACGCCGCACAUACCGUGCCACCACUAUCACACGCAAAUCGCACGCGAGUACAUCGACACGCGUUCGGUACAUCACUACAUACAACAUCUAAUUCCUAAUUGUGAAUUAGAAUUAUUUCACAUCUCUAAUUUUGUUCGAAUGUCAAUACAUUAGUGUUGUGCAGACUCUUGUGUUUACAUUACAAACAUUUAUUUUAUGUGUCAAUCCUAUUAGUGUAUUAGAAUAAACGCGAUAGUUUAUUGUUUUAAUUAGAAAAAUUUAAUUAAUUAUUGUGAUUACGGACAAUGAUAAAUAAUAUUUAUACGAAUGCUGAAUUUUGAUACGAGUUACAAAAUGAAGAUGUCUGCAGCAGACAGCCAAGAGUCUGGCAGUCCACCGCCAAGCCCGACUGACUCUGCAACAUCAGAAUCAGCGCCCACCUUAGUUCACAUAAAACAAGAAAACAUGCCUCCAGGAACUGAUGUCAAAGAAUACUACGGAACCCUAGAUUUUGGGCUCUCCGACACAUAUCUAGCCAAUAACUUCCCCGAGUAUGGACGGGGAUACCUGCCUAGACCCCUAGAUCUACCGAACCAAAGGUUCUUAGAUCCUAAAAGUCCGAAAGAAAAAGAAGAUGGAACGAAAGAUGAUGACCCCGGAGAACGAGAUUUAAAUCUACCAAGUGAACUGAUAUUUAAGAGCGGAGGGAUCUUUGCAAGAGUGAAUAUCGCCAAUGGAACUCAAUACGGUCCUUUCUUUGGACUGCUGGAGAAUCAACCGAAGGACAGGCGAUAUGCUUGGGAGGUCCGUGAUAAGAAUGGCGUUACUGGUUGGUGGGACGCGACCACUGAGAAGAGCAACUGGCUCAAGUUGGUUCGCUCCACGAACUACCCGCACGACGUCAACGUGCAACACUUUUUGCGCGCUGGCCAGGUGUGGUACAAAGUCGUCCGUGAGGUCCCAUCCGGACAGGAGCUGCUGCUUGGACCCCGAACACCUUUGUACUUAGAAGACAUCUCUUUGGACUCAAAGCGCCAGUCUUCGAUUGAGAAGUUCAGCUCUUUGCCAUCAGCAGAUGACGACGAACGAGAGGACGCUGACAUUCGCUGUAGCUACUGCGACUUGCCAUUCCCCAACAUCGAUGUUCUCGAUCGCCACUUGAUAACGGAGCACGCCCAGCCGGCCGGUGCAUUUCCUUGCGAACUCUGCAACAGAGCUUACAGCACUCGAGUACUGCUCCUGCGACACCGUGCUCUCGCGCAUACUGAUAUCCGAAAGUACCCCUGCGAGAACUGUCCUAAGGUAUUUACCGAUCCUUCCAACCUCCAGCGCCACAUCCGCGCGCAGCACGCAGGCGCCAGGAGUCACGCGUGCCCUGAAUGCGGGAAGACCUUCGCCACCUCCUCAGGACUGAAGCAGCACACACACAUCCACUCCAGUGUCAAACCUUUCCAGUGCAAGGUUUGCUUUAAGGCUUACACCCAGUUCUCUAACCUUUGCCGCCACAAGCGAAUGCACAUCGCUUGCAGAGCCCUUGUUGAAUGCGGAAAAUGCGGUCAGUCCUUCACGUCAUACGCUUCUCUUACUAAGCAUAAGAGAUUCUGCGACACCGCUGCCGCUGCCUCCGUCAACCUCCGUGGACAACUCCCUCAGAGCCUACCCCAGAUACCGUCUUUGCAAAACGUCGGGAUGAAUAACCCUAACAGCACUAACCCGUUCCCCAUGUACAGGGGCCCUACUCUGCCUCUCCCUUACAACACCUUCGCUCACUACCCGGCUCUGUUCUCUGCUGCUGCCGCUGCUGCUUGUCCACCCGAGUUCCUCAGCCCACUGCUCUUCAACGUGCAGGGGGCCAGACUCGCGAUGGAACACGACAUGGCUAUGUCAAACGCCAACUUGGUAUCCAAACAACAAGAAGGCCGCUUGUCUGUCAAAAGUAUGGACAGCUCAAACUCUAUGGACGACAACAAAAAGCCCAAGGAAUUGGAUUUCGAAAACAAAAGGGACAGCUACAGCUCAGACAGAGCAACACCAAAUAAAUCACAGAGCCUUUACUCCAAGCAAUCACCGCCAUCAGGUGAGGAGGCAUCUUCUCAACGCCGACCGUCACCAGUUUUGCCACUGCCCACACCGAUUGUUCCAUUCAAUUUCUCAAGAGACGACAUGAAGAGGAAGUCUCCGUUCAACUUCUCUCUCAAGCUCAAUAACAAUGACAUUCAGGGUAACAAAUCUGAGUCUCCACUACCUAAAGAUUUAUCGAAGAAUACUAUUGUUGAUGAUGAUAAGACUUCCGAAUACUCUGACGUCGAAGAGGAUGUAAAGAAAGAUGAAGGUGACCAGCCAUUAGAUCUGUCGGUGUCAAGAAAACAGAAUGAUAAGGAUUCUGAAGCAGAGAUUGAUGAUCGCUCCUUUCGCAACUCAGUUAAAUCUUAUUCACCUCCUGAAAGCCCAGCUGAGAGGAGCAAGACUCCCGAGAAUGACACAACAGAUGUCGAUGUGGAAGGUGUAGAACCUAAGAGAGAGGACUCGCCACCACAGCUUGUAUCACCACCACUUGCAUUCCCCAUGCCUGUUCAUCCGCAGCACACCAAUCUGAUAGACGCCAUGUACAGGCCUCGAUUCCCAUCUUUUCAUUCUUCAGAAUCUAUUUUAAACUCUUCACACUCGCCCUAUGUUCCGAGCCCAUUCAAUUUUUUAUCCCCACUUCUCGGUACUGACGGACCCGAUAGGCAACCUAGCGCAUAUGCUAAGUUUCAAGAACUUAGUACAGGAUCAGGAAAGCUGCGUGACCGAUAUGCUUGCAAGUUCUGCGGGAAAGUCUUCCCAAGGAGUGCAAACCUGACUCGCCAUCUACGAACACACACUGGCGAGCAACCUUACAAGUGCAAGUACUGCGAGCGCUCGUUCUCGAUCUCAUCGAACCUUCAGCGACACGUGAGAAAUAUUCACAACAAAGAAAGGCCUUUCCGGUGUCCUUUGUGUGAGAGAUGUUUCGGUCAGCAGACGAAUCUCGAUCGUCAUUUGAAGAAGCACGAGGCUGAAGGUGGAGAUUCUCCCAGUUCUGCAGAUACUGAAAGGGAGGACGCAUACUUUGAUGAUAUUCGAUCGUUCAUGGGUAAGGUGACGUGCUCCCCGGGCGCUCGGUCCCCGGCGGCGACACCCCCGCACGGAGCUCACGGCGCGCACACCACGCACGGCCCGCGUCCAUCGCUCGCUAUCUCCACAUAGCCACCGACCUACCAGCUGCCACCGCCGCCACCGCUAUGGACGCAGCCUUUCAACUGAGAUACGUGAUAAACCUUACAGCACAUACACUGGAAACGACAUAAUAGUCUCGAUACAUUAUCUAGUGAUGCGGCCACAUCCCAAGGCCCUUUGUUAUAACGAUUAUGUCUUCUUCAGUAUAAAUGCUUCAAGGUUUGAAAUAUCAUUCUCCAGUGAACUGAACAGUAAUGUAGGGUCGUUGUAAAUAAGUAAGCAGCUACAAUUAUUGAGGAUACGAAGUAGUGUGGGUGUGUAUUACGUACAUAGUGAUGUCUCUCUAAAGUUCACAACGAGAGCAGUAUAAUAUUAAAGUAGAUAUGGAUUCAUUAAAAAAUGUUCAUCAAAUCUAUAGUUAAAUUAAUUGUAAAAUUUUGAUUUGUGCUUUAGCUUCUUUAAAAUACGCCUAAGUACUUAAAUACGCUAGUGGCACGUAGAAUGCGUUCUAGGGUCCUAAGAAGAGUAUUUCAUUACGGUUUUCAAUUUGUUUGACAAGAUUAGAUAAAACUUCUUUAUUGUAAAAAGGUUUGACUAGAGAAAUAUCUGCAUUAAUUUAAGCGACAUGACAAAUCACUCUAGUAUGUAUAUUACAUUAUAAUUAAAUUAAGAAAAUGUGUAGAUUUGUUAAGAGAAUCGUUUUAUUGAUAACUUAAAUAUUUGUUCCUAGUUCAUAUCUUGUGAUUUAAGGUUGACUUAAAACGUAUUUUCUAUCAUAAUUGUACAUAAACCUGUUUUGUCUGUUAUCAUGUAAAGUAGAGUAAAUGAUAAUUAAUUGAUGUUUAAAAAAUAUCAUGUAAUUUGUUCGAUUUUUGAGCUAUUUCCAAAUCGGAGCGUAUGCUAAUAGUAAUUAGGUAUAUUUUAUUUCUAUCGUAAAUUAUAUUUUUUAAACACAGAUUAAUUUGACGUCGAUAAAAUAUUGAUACAGAAACACGGUAUUGGUGAUUAAUUUCAUUAUAUUUUGUAAAUUUAUAAAAAUUACUUAAAAAAAUAUAUUAAUAUGGAGGUUGCUAGUUAGUCGAAGGAAGCUACCAAAGUUUUUUAUAAGUAACCCAAAAUUUAUUCGGAAAUAUUUAUUUGGAGGUAAAAAUAAAUACGCAAUUUAUUCAGAUGUAAUUGUUAGUUAUUUGCGUGAUUAGAAAAAUCAAUUAUUAAUAUAAUAUUUUUGUUAAAUUUGUUAUUUACACGAUUGUUGUACAUAGAAGGUUUGCGACACAUGACAUGCAUAUCAUCUGUUUUAUAUAAAAAAUUCGAGGCUCAAAGAUUUAAGCGAUACUUUAUAACAAUAAAACAUCGUAUUAAACAUAAACGUAUCUUUAGUAAAAUGUAAUAUACUGUAAGAAAAAUAUCUUCAUAAGAUUUUCUGCAAACUAAUUUCGAUCACUUGACUAUUCUUUGCCUACCUUUAGGUUUAAGUAGUAACAAUAAGCGAUCCGUUGUCUUUGAGACUUUGAAGAGAAAAAAAAGAAUAGAUGACGUCACACGACCUGUCAUUUGGGAUCUCCUUGCAUCUAUCCUGUGUUCAGGAGUUCAUAGACGCAUUGUAAGCUCUGGAGUCUUGUUAUAUAUAAUGGAAGAUGAAUGCAAUACCUGUAAAGUAAGAUAUUUGUAAUCAUAUCACUUGAAGCACUAGUUCGUUAAGGUUUUAACGUUACACAAUAAAGUUGUAUGCUAAGUACACCUGUACCUAUUUAAUUUCAAGUUCAAUUAAAAAAUAAACUAUUAAAUAUUGUAAACGCAUUGAAAAAUAAAACAAA